AUGAAGACUCCCAAUUUAGGCAUCCCAAGACCGCCUUGGUUGGACAGCCAGGCAGCCGAUGCCGCUGAAGGAGUUCCUCAAGAUGGCGAAGCCGACGACGUGGGUCAUCUGCAAAACGUAGACGACGACUACGACGACGAUGAUGAUGACAUUGCCCCCUACGAUGGCAUCUUCACCCAGGGGAACGAAAAUGCGCCAGCUGCGACGGUAGUGGAAGGUGAUGGCAGUGUGGAGUUGGUCGCCCCUCCGCGGCAAAUCGCGCGCCUCGAAAUCGGCUACGCACGGUCCGCCAAACUGAUCAACGUGCGGCACCUCAAGGGCGUGCUCUGGGCCAUGCUCGAGGACCGCCUCCUCAGCGUCGCCUCCGCUCUGGAUCAGGUCAGCCCUGCCAAGAAAACGCGCACAUCGGAGGCAGUGAGCAGCGGCCAGGGGGACGAGGAGAGUGGUGACCCCGCCAAGUCAUCCCUCACGGCCUCAUCGUUCAACGACCUCCUAACAUCCCUCCCUGCUAAGGUCUCAAAGCAGACGGCCGGGGAGCUGAGUGUUGCGAUCGGGCUGAAUUGUCUUCUCCACUUAGCAAACGAAAAAGAUCUCUUCCUCGAGACCAACGACGACUUCACCGACAUCCGCAUUUCUCAGGGCCUUUCUGCGUCCGAACUGGAGCUUCUGUCCAGUUAUCAACAACGAUCGGCACAGGCCGGACUUCGUCCCAAAAAGCAGCUCUCCUUAGAUCCCUGGCUUGACAGGAGUGACGAGGAGGAUGUCUAA